CUCUACAUUUAGUUGCAUAUAAACGAACAAAGGUAAGAGUCUAGCACUCUUUCAUAGGAAUAUUGGCCAUUUCCUUUGGAGUCAGUGGUUUUUGUACGUAAAGUUUGGUAAUAAAUUCGUAUUCAAGCAAUAAAAAACUCCGUGAUUGAUUACAAUGGUUUCCAUUGGCGGACUGCUUGUUCUGUUGAGCAUGCGCGUUGCAGCUGGACAGGGAGAUGGAUGGAUUAUGAACAUAACAAGUAACAUAUACGGGUUUCCAUGGAUACCGGCGGACAAGUUGUCGGACAGAAACUCUCCAAGAUUCAAGGAGGCACAAAACUUCUUUUGCGGAAAAAUAAACGAAAUGUUUCGGUCAGAACCUGUUGUGGGGAAUGCUGUAAAGGAAAGAUAUUACCGGUGUUUUAUUUGUAAUUUCAAGCAAACAAAUCUACAUUUCGAAGCCCCUGUAUCAUUCACGUACUCCCUCGUUUUCAAUGGCUCAGACCCAGUACCGAAGGCUGUCGUGGAUGGACUUAUAGCCAGCAACACGGAGAUCUACCAUUUUGGAAACAAAGUGUGGAAUCUGAUCGGUGAUUGGUUAGUUAACCGUGUUGACGUCACGAUGGUGAGCGUUAAUAUGUCAGAUUAUAUAAAACAGAAGAAGCAAGAGAAGCAGAAUCCUAACAUAGAGAUCGACAUAGUUGUUUCAAUACAUGUUGAUUUAGUCAACUUUACACUUACACCAGAACUGGCCGACCCGACCUCACCCGAGUUCACCAAGCUGGAGACGUCCGUUUGUAAGGACAUCUCUCAGGCUGUGCAUGGAAGUUUCCCUUCCCACAAAGGCUGCGAUGUCACGUCCAUUGUAAAUAAUUCAGUGGCAGGAAGGAUAAUCAUGACUAUAAACCUAACAUUUGGAUGGGAUCGUGAAGUUAUCUACCCACACAUGAUUGCAUCUUUGAUCAUAGAGAACGCCCCGAGACAAGUCGUUAACAAUGAAAUUGUUAUCUCUAUUGGUAAUGUUCAGAUCCUAGAACGAUCCUUCAUGAAAGCUGCAAACAGAGCCGUUCAAGACACACGAGAUCGACCUGAUA